CUCUCACGGACACGGGCCUAGUGUUAGUGACAUGAGAGCAGCGUGUGAUGUGUGAUGAAGGCUUGAUCCCGAUCGAACCAUUCGGCGUCUGGCAUUCCCCACUGGCAUAGCUGCAAAGCCCCUGGUCCCCCCAGUCCCCACUCGACCUCUCCCCAAGUCCCCAACCCCAGGGCCUGACCGGUGCUAUUUGUUUGCCGGUCCCGGUCGAACAAUGAGAUGAUGGGGGAGGAGGGGAGCCAGAAACCUAGACCAACCGCCGAAACAGACCUCAAGUUCCAAAAUGUGAAUAUUGUUGGUCCCUCGGGCCCUCCGCAUGCUCGUCCAGAUUCCAAUGAUCAUGCGGGGGACCGCCCAGGUUCCUCUCGAGGCCGGUCUUCUAGACCGGCCCAGCAGGCAGCCGGGUCCAGGAACUUCGAGUUUGUCCUAGUCACCGAUAACGAGUCCCGGCGCCAGGUUCGCCGGCAUGCCAUGCGUCAGUACAUGCAUCAACGCCGUUUGGACAGCAUCGCUCGACUUGGGACAGCUCGUGUACCUGUCGGUGGUUGGACUACCCGCUCUCCUUCCGACUCUCAUGCAACCGAGUCCUCUUCUCGAGUGGAGGAGGUCCAGGAUGGGUCUCCAACCAAAUCAGAAAGAGGCUCGCCGAGUAGUGAGGAGGAACGAUCAACUCCAGAAAAGCCCAAAAGUUCUUCACGGUUGCUCAUUCCUAAAUUGCACAAAAUCAAGCACGAAGAUGCAUCUUCGCUUGUGGUCGACACACAUAAACCCAAGAUCUCUGAUCCUCAGGCCACUCCUGGAGAGGGCGCAGUUCGAGAUCCUUUUAGCUGUUAUCCAAUCCCUGUUAGCAAUGUCGAUCAUGAAUUGAUCCAACACUUUGUGGUAACGUACCCGUCUAUGAUGUACAAAUUUGCCUAUUCAAUCGCAAACAACCCUCUGAUGGAGAUAUUUCGACAAUUCGCUCUGCACGACGUUCUUCCAUUUCAGGCUAUGCUUGCCAUUGCCUCGAAACACCGCGCGGGUGUAGAAGGGAAGACCGACUCUGUGCAGAGUCUAACACAUAAAAUGCGGGCGCUGAGAUUGAUGAACGAGCGCAUUAAAGAAGACUCGACUGGGCAGCACGAUGGAACUAUUUACGCUGUAGCCACAAUGGCUGUCAUAGAGAAAUGGUCAAAGGAUGCGUCGGUUGAGCGGAUGCACUUCACAGGGUUGGCAUCGAUGAUCAGAAACCGCGGAGGCAUGCAAGGCAUGCGACUUUCCAGCCCUUUCCUGGAGAAAGUUUUAUAUUGGGUGGACUUCAGUUGUGCUUCGAAAGCGAUCGUCGGCACCUCACUACCCUGGACUGGCACGGUACCGGACGUGCCUCCUGCGAGGGACUUCCUAGACCCAAAUCUACAUCUGGCUACAUGUCAUACCCCGACCACGAUGGAAGAUUCUGAAGUCUACUGCGAACGUUUCCGCGCCUGUGAAGACUUUUUACGGUUCUUCCGUCAGCUCCAUGAGUUGGAACGCCUUGCCUUAGAGUCCUCUUGCACUCUAGCCGACGACUCUUCUCAGCGCGUCAAACAUUUCAGCUCCGGCACACAGCUAUACACAAUCCUCACUAUGCUUCCCGAUUAUGACCAUGGAAUCCGAGAUGUUCGGUUUAUCGAUGAAUAUACAUGCAUGGCCUGUCUCUUUUUCAUCGCAGUUUCACUCUACGACUGUUACAUGAAUUCUUCCAAUCUUGAUGAAUACCUCGAGUGGCUGAACCUUGAAAUCAGAAACAUCAACCCAUACACAAACCCAAGUAUUACAUCUGUCCUCUGGCUCUUCCUCAACAAUGGCGGUUACCCCAUGAACGAUGCAGGCGAUACUGGUGCCAGAUGUUGGAUUGUCUCCCGUAUGGUCCGAGUUGCUAAGCUCCUUGAAUGGAAACGCCAUGGUACCACCUGGGACAGACUCCGUCAAGUGCUUAUCGACUUCAUCAUAACGCAACAAGAAUGCGCCCUCGGAUCCGACUAUGUGGACCCCGAGGCGCUCGCAGCCCGACAACAAAAACGCCUUCACGGCGCCGAUUACUUCUGGAAUGAGGUCCAGAUGCGUGAGGACAUUAUGACUUUUCCCUUGUCUUCUGGUACAACCCAGAGUAAAGGAGAUAUGAAUAUACAUGUUUUCACGUAAACUUUCCUUUCCGCUCUCCAUAUACGUCUCUGUACGUUAAGCUUAAUUUGUGUUGACUUGAAAUUGGGCGACUUAUAAUGAGCUAUGAUGAAUGACGAUGGUGUUUAGGUAUAUAACUCGGGGUAUACAGGCAGGUGGGCAAGUUAUGCUUGAUCAAGGUCUUAUUCGAAAUUUUAUUCAGGCAUGGAGUACGUGGGUACUAGUAUAACAACCGCAAAUGGGGGGAACGGAGACAAGUUGAUCUGGUCGAACUUAUCUUGAAUAUCAUUCGUUAAUGUGUUUUCAUCAGAACCACCCCGAAAUAAUCAACCAGGGAGCUUGAUCGAUGGUUGGAG